UCACGGUGCACCCAACAAUCACUGGCGGGAGAGAUGGCGACGGAUAUCGAGGAGCUCUCUGACUCCACCUUCAGGGUCACCUUCGACGAAACCGAGAACAUUGAGACGACGUUGACGGCCUCCGGCGAUGAAGUCGAUUCCUGGAUAUCGAACAUCCUCCGGCUCUCUAACCGCUUCGUCGUCGGCAUCGAUGUCGAGUGGCGCCCCUCUUUCUCUCGCUAUCAGAACCCUGUUGCCUUACUCCAGCUCUGCGUGGGACAUCAUUGCCUCAUCUUCCAACUUCUCCACGCCGACUAUAUUCCCGGAUCUCUCGAGCAAUUCCUCUCAGACCCAAGUUUUACUUUCGUCGGAGUCGGAAUCAAUGGCGAUGUUGAACGCCUGGCUGAAGAGAGGGACUUGUCUGUAUGCAACGCUGUCGAUCUACGGGAACUUGCAGCGGAGAGAAUGGGGCGGAACGAGAUGAGACAGAAGGGCCUUUCCGCGCUUGCGAUGGAGGUAAUGGGCGUUCAGGUUAGUAAGCCGCGCCGCGUGAGGAUGGGCCGUUGGGAUCAGUUUUAUCUUACAAUGGAUCAGAUCAAGUAUGCUUGCAUUGAUGCCUUCCUCUCCUUCGAGAUCGGGAGGAGGCUCUAUGAUGGAGAUUUCUGAGAAAUUAGUUUUGGGGUUAUCGAAUGCCAAUUUAGGGUAAAUUAUUAACUCUAGUACUUACCAGUUUAACUUUUAUCGAAGUUCUUUUAUUAACAAGACUGUUAGAUUUUGUGUUGGCUCUGAAUUUUUAUGUUGAUUUUGGCGGCCACUAAACGCUACGGUGCUCUGAUGACCUUUCCUCUCC